AUGAAGACAAAUUCUAAAGAACUUGCUUCAGAUUAUAAAAAACUUCUUCAGGAUGGCUAUAAUUCCGAUGUGAUUAUUCGCUUUGGCAAAGGAGAGAAUUUAAAAGAGCUUUGUGCACAUUCGCUUAUUUUAAGAGAACACUCUAGCUAUUUUAAUAGUGCUCUUUCCAGUAGAUGGGCUAAGAAAGAAGGAAAUUUUUUCAUUAUUGAAAUGAAAGAUGUGCCAAUAAAUACAUUUAAAGCUGUUUUAAGGUACAUAUAUACUACUGAAAUUUCUUUAGAUGAAUUAAGUGGUGUUGAGGUUUUGGAAUUUUUAGUGGAAACUGAUAAAUUACUACUUAUUAAUAAAGGAAUUAGUAGCAAAUUUAACAAAUUAUUUUUUUAUGUACAAGAAAAUUUGGAAAAAAUAAUACGAAGUGAUGAAAAUAGAACAUUGCAAAUCAUUUUUCAUUAUAAUAAUAUAUUCGAGAAAUUGCAUGAACCAUGCCUUCAACUUAUAUGUACUUAUCCAAAUAGAAAUCUAAGCGAAACAAAUAUUUUAAAAUAUUUGAUUCAAUGGGGUUCUGCAACUAUUCAAGAAAAAGAUAUAAAUACCUGGGAAAAAAAUGACUACAUUACAUUUAAAAAUACAAUCGGUGAACUCAUUCCUUUAAUCCGAUGGUUCAAGAUUUCAAGUAUAGAUUUUGGACAAAAUAGGCAACUCCUUCAAAAUAUUUUAUCAGAGGAUUUGUUUAACAGAGUUUUAAGCUAUUACUUGGAUCCUAGUUCUCUACCAGCGAACACAUUGCAACCACCAAGAUUUGCACCAGGAUCUACAUCAUCUAAACAAAUGGAAAUCGAAUGCGAAUCAUUUUUUAGUUCAUAUGAGGAUCUUGUUAAUAUCAAUAAAAGGCUGUUGCAAACGAAUGACCAAUAUGAUGUCAUCAUUCGUGUUAGCAAAGAUAUUGUUAGCGAAAAUUUUUCUUUCAAAGAUUUUUACGCACAUUCUCUAAUCUUAUGUGAACGUUCCUCUUAUUUCAAAAUGGCUUUAUCUAAAGUUAAAGAAGAUAGUAGUCCUUUUAUUUUUCCAAUUCAAGAUAUUUCUACAGUUGUUUUUAAAGUCAUUUUAAGAUAUUUAUAUACUACUGAAUUUGAUAUUGAAGAAUUGUAUGGUGCCAACAUAUUAAUGCUUAUUGUAGCAGCAAAUAAGAUGGAAUUUCAAGUGAUUAUUGAUUAUCUAUUAUUACCUACGAAUUUUGCCGAAACAACAUUAAGAAAGUUGAAUGGCGGAGAAGUUUUAAAACUUUUGAUAAUUAAUGAAUUUAACAUACAAAAUGCUAUUGAUCAUAUAUUAUCAAAAAAUGACAUUGUAAGGGCUAUCCUAGGAAAAUUAGAUAGUUUAGAAAUAUUAGAAAUCAUAGAAAAGACUGAGGAGUUGCAAAUUCAAGAAACAAUCGCCAAAAUAUUAUCAAAUAAGGAUUUCAUCAAUACUAUCCUAUACAAAUUCAAUGCUUACAGCAUUUUAAAUCUAAUGAGAAUACCGAACAAUAUGAAAUCUAGAAAAGCUAUUGAUGAUAUGUUAGCGAGUGAUGAUUUUAUUCAAAUUAUCCUUGAUAAAUUGAAUAUUGAACAAUUUUUACAAUUUAUGAAAACUGCCAAUGAACUACAAAAUAAAAUAAUUGUUAGUAGUCUAUUUUUAAAGAAAAACUUUAAACUUAUAGUGAAUAAAUUUCAUGGUGCUGAAAUUUUGCGUAUAUUUAUAGAAGCUAAUGUAUUGAAACUUAAGGAUUUAUUUUCCGACAUGUCAACUUUUAUAGAACAAAAUUUAGAAAAUCUUCUUCAAAAUGACGCAGUUGGUGUAUUAGAAAUUAUUUUUAAACAUGAUAUAUGUAAAUCAUUUCGGGAAUACUGUAUCUAUCUUAUAUGUCUCAAUCCAAAUUCAUUAUUUGAUAACUCGAAAUUGAUCCGAUUAGAUCGUUCCAUUUUAAUUCAUAUAUUGGAACGUGAUAACAUGGGAAGAUUAAAUGAGAAAAAUAUUUUGGACUAUCUGAUUAAGUGGGGCACUGCACAAAACGAGGAAACCUCUCAAAAGGGCAUGACGAGCUGGACAAGUCAAGAAUUCAAGAUUUUUGAGAAAGCUAUUCACGAAUUUAUUCCUUUAAUUCGUUGGUUUACGAUACCUGCAAAAGACUUUAAUCAAAUUCACUCCUUUUUAGAAAAUGUCUUACCAGAUAAUUUAUAUCAAAAUAUU